CCGCAUACUAUAAUCUAAAUCAUCAUCAUCCUCUCUCUCUAACAAAGACCCAUCCCCUGGAAAACUCCAUAGCUAAUGGCGACCAUGAAUUCGAGCGUGUUGGCGUGCAGCUACGCCAUCUCAGGCGCCGCUUCUGCGGAGCUGAACCAGAAGGUGGGUUUGGUGUCGUCUUCGUCAGCUGGGUUCGGACAGAGGAAGCCGAUGAUGCCUGUGAUCAGAGCUCAAAGAUCUGAUGAUGUCGUCGUCGAUGGUGGCUCUAACGGAAGAAGAGCUGCCGUGGUACUAUUGGCCACAACGCUCUUCUCCACCGCCAUGGCUGCUAACUCUUCUGCCAACGCUGGCGUCAUCGACGAGUACCUCGAAAGGAGCAAGGCUAACAAGGAACUGAAUGACAAGAAGAGGUUGGCGACAAGUGGAGCAAACUUUGCAAGAGCUUUCACUGUGCAGUUUGGAACCUGCAAAUUCCCAGAAAACUUCACCGGCUGCCAAGAUCUUGCCAAGCAAAAGAAAGUUCCAUUCAUUUCCGACGAUUUGGAUGUGGAAUGUGAAGGGAAGGACAAGUACAAGUGCGGUUCCAAUGUUUUCUGGAAAUGGUGAGAGAUGUAAUGACACAAGAGUCUCAAAAACUCUUUCAUAAUUAUGCGUCCAAUGUGUAAUUUAUCUGUUCAUCAAUUUAAAAUGUGUCUCCGCAGUUUUUCUUCUCUA